UUAUCGCAGUCAUUUUCAGCAAAGAGUCUCUACUGACACUUUCUCUGGAGCUGUUGAGCCGCUGGGUGAAGUCAUUAGUCCUAAAGUAAACACUCAUCCUUAUUUACAUCUUUCUUACAUUUUUUUUCCCAAGGCAUACGUCUGAGGAAGGCAGCCAUGAUCAGUCGCAACUUCAAGAAUAUUUUGGUGGUGUCCAUCGGCUUUUUGUUUCUGUUCACGGCUUACGGAGGCCUGCAGAGUUUACAGAGCAGUCUGAAUGCGGAGGACGGGAUGGGCGUGGUGUCCCUGAGCGUCAUCUACGCCUCCAUCAUCGUCUCCUCCAUGUUCCUGCCGCCCAUCAUGAUCAAAAACCUGGGCUGCAAAUGGACCAUCGUGGUCAGCAUGGCCUGCUACGUCUCCUACUCCUUCGGAAACCUCUACCCAGGAUGGUACACCCUCAUCCCCACCUCGGUGGUCCUGGGUUUGGGCGGCUCUCCCCUGUGGUCGGCCAAGUGCACCUACCUGACCAUCUCCGGCAACAAGCAGGCGGCCAGCGACGGCAAAAAGGGCCCCGACGUCAUCAACCAGUACUUCGGCAUCUUCUUCUUCAUCUUUCAGUCGUCGACCGUGUGGGGAAACCUCAUGUCGUCGCUCAUCUUCGGACAGGACUCCAAUAUCGCUGUCAUCCCCGAGGAGCAGCUGAUGUACUGCGGAGCGGCUGACUGUGGCCUCAACAGCAGCGUCAACGCCACCGCCAGCGCCAGCGCCAGACCUGCUCAGACGCUGGUGUGGACGCUCGUCGGAUGCUACAUCGGUGUGGGUCUGCUGGCCAUGCUCAUCGUGGCAGUGUUCCUGGAGAACAUCGACCAGGAGCAGACCAGCGAGUUCCGGGGGAACCGGGAGCCGUUCUGCCACACCUUCCUGGCCACGUUCAGACUGCUGAGGGACUGGAGGCUGUUGACCCUCGUCCCCCUCACCGUGUACAGCGGCUUCGAGCAGAGCUUCCUCUCGGGGGAGUACACCAAGAACUAUGUCACGUGUGCUCUGGGGAUCCACUACGUCGGCUUCGUGAUGAUGUGCUUCGGAGCCACCAACUCCCUGUGCUCGUUUCUCUGUGGGAGACUCGCUCAGUACACCGGCAGAGCGGCGCUGUUCCUCCUGGCGGCGCUGACCAACUUCGCCUGCAUCAUCGCUUUCUUGCUCUGGAGGCCCGACCCUGACAAUCUGGUCGUCUUCUUUGCGUUGCCCGCUCUGUGGGGACUGGCAGACGCCGUCUGGCAAACGCAGACCAACGCACUUUACGGCGCCCUCUUCCCCCGGGACAAAGAGGCGGCGUUCGCCAACUACCGCAUGUGGGAGUCCAUCGGCUUCGUCAUCGCCUUCGCCUACAGCACCUUCUUGUGUCUGGAGUAUAAACUGUACAUCCUGCUGAGCAUCCUGCUGCUGACGGCCGUCACCUACCCCAUCGUGGAGUAUCACGAGCACAAGAACCCGACGCCGCCUGUCAAAGAGGUGGAGCACCACAGAUACAAAGAAACCAUUCAAAGCGACGGGGAAAAAGUUAUUUGCCAGACACAAAUGUAGAGACUGAUUUUCGAGAUUCUUUUUCGCAUCCCGAUGUGGCCACUAACCUGCACAUCAGGUGUCCGAUUCGCUACCUUCAUACGCUGAAGUCUGGACAUUUUCCUGAAAUUUUUUUCUGAAGCGGCUCCAUGUGAGAACGCAAAUGUUCGCAAAUGUUGCUCCGGAUCUCCCGCUCCUUGUCCAGGGGUGACCUGUGAUCAAACCAACUUUAUUUCAAAAUUGUUUCACAUUUUCAUGAAUGUUACUGUACUGUAAAUUGAAUGAAUCGAACUGAUAUGUUAUUCUUUAAAUUUUAUGAAGAGGGAAACUGCCAAAAAAUUCAUAUUUUAAGCGUUGUCUUUAAGACUUGUACUAUAAAAUUCCAGUGUACUUCCCCUAGUACACUGCGCUAGCUUCACGCUACAGCGUCCGUUUGCUUGGAAAGACUCAACGGACCACACGGAGGCAGCACUUAAAGCUGCUUCAUGAAAGUUUUGUCGUUGCACCGCUUAUACUGUUUGGUUUAUACUGGAAGUUAGUAAAUGUAGGAGCCGGCAGUAAGUGCCUACACCAAUAAAGACUGUUUCAGAUGUCAA